ACAGACAAUAUUGAUCGAAACACCAUCGUCACGGUCACAACGGCUACCAGUCUCGUUCCCUUUGUCUCUACUCACUGACGAUGUCUUUGCCCGCCAACGUCAAGCUGUCGGUACAGGGCCAUUCUCGGCCAGGAGACACCCUACACUCCGUGCCCAAGCAAGCAAUGAUCGUCAAGAUGUCGGAGGACGCUCUCUUGGCAAUCCAAGGUGCUCCCAGGCUGGAGUUCGUGUCUGGACCAGAGCUGGGAUUUGUGAUUGGCGGCCAAUUCUUCCCUAUGCGUUCUACUAAUGAAGGCCAACCUCACGAUCUUUAUCUCCGGGCCUCGUCCGCCGCGAAGCCGAUGGCGCCUCUGAAACUCUAUGCCAAUAUUACAGGGAGAUUCACCGUUGAACGUGAUCUCGACAAGAUUCAAACAAAAAUGCGGUCUGCGACGCGGGGCGCGAAAGAGGCGCGGCACGAAAUCAUGAUGCUGGAUAAGCCCCUUCCCACUGCACAAAAGAAGAAGAAGGCACCAGGAACCUCAACGGCAAUGUUCAGAAACCCUGUUCAACAACCCCGAGCAUCAGCGUCGACUCGGCCUGUCUCGCCUUCGCCUCCCGUUACGACUGUCUCUAGUGCUGUUCGAUUUGCAGUACUGAAAUUCAUGGCUAUCAAGGAAAGAACUCUAGAUGAAGUGCUUGCCAUCUUUCCUCGAGAUGAUGAUGACUCGCGGCGACGCGAAAUACAUCAAUUGCUGAGCCAGCAGAUGGGGGAGCCUGGUAAAAGACCAGGCCAUUGGACUUUGCGGCCUGAGAUUUGGAAGGAGGUGCGGCCGUACGAGUGGACUGGGCUCGAUGACAAGGAGAGAAUGAUGAUGGCCCGAACCGCCAGACUUGUUUUGAGCAAUCUCCAAAUUCCUGAGACCGACCCUCUUUGGACGCAUGUCAACUACCGGCCUGAGGAAUCGGCGCUCGUUGGUAAAAGUGGUGGGAAGCGAGGGAUUUCUGGGAAAGAGCUGAAGGAGAAGAAGAAGAAGCCGAAACCCGAUCCGAAAGCAGAAAUCGCAAUGCGAGACGGCAGUCGACCAGUUGCCCGAGUCAGCGAUUCAAGACCGUCGGAUUCUGUUGUGUCCGAGACUGCUGUGAGGCGUACUGGUCCUGGCUCGGGCUAUCGUGCACCGCGGGCGGGUUCACACGAGGCUCGGAUCUCGGUAGCAGUCGACUCAAAAUCUACAGGAAUGGAUUCAAGAGCGACUGUCAAAGAUAUGAAGCCUGCAAAAGAUACAAAAUCGGACGCCAGGCUCAAUGCGAGGACAGACGCGAAGCCGAGUGCGAGACCAGAGGCACGGUCAGAGGCAAAGCCGAACGCGAGGCAAGAUCCCAAUCUCAGAUCGGAUAGCAAGCCAACUGCCCGCGGUCCUGUGGACGUUCGCACGAAGAGUCGGGAGCCGCCGCGACCCUCUGUAAAUGCGAAAGCUGUUCCGCCAAUACCUCCACCGACUCAGACGCGGCCUACGAAAGAGACAGCUCCAGACACUCUGAAACGCAAACAGCCCGUCCAGGAUGUUACCUCAGCUGAACCUGCUAAACGGCGCAAAACGGAUGAAGGCCUACUCUCCCGCGCUGCCGGACUUCCCAACCGACCCGAAACCAGUUUAGCACGCGCAUCACACCAAGGGCGAUCCUCUCUGCCGGCACGGCCUGUAACGACCGCAUCGACUGCCAAACCCGUUCAGUCUGCUGCUUCAUCUAAGCGCCGAGAACCCAUCUAUACUUCCUCUGAGGAUGAAGGCGAAAUUCGACCGGCUUCCCGUCCAAAGACCGAAUUGCGCUCUAUUCCGUCCUCUAGCGGCUCGGCUGCUGCAAAUGAGCCGGGUCGUCUCAGCGAACCGAGUCGUAUGGCACCCAUCCCUGCCAGCGACAGAAGCAAAUUACGAACGCGUUAUAAUGAAACAUAUCUCGAUUACCUGUCGAACUAUCAGCGACUGUUCGCGGAACAGGCGAAAAUCGAGCGCCUACUUAGCAAACGAGACGGCAGCACUGCAUCAGAUUCGGAACUGGAUGAUGUGAUGAGUCCGGAAGAGAUCACCAAACGGAAGAACGACCACUUGCGAUACGAGCGGGAGCUUGAAAAGAUUCGCGUCUCCUUCAAGACGUCUGCAGGCGAGAUCAAGUCAGAGUAGUUCUUUCAUCUUAAUGUAUAUCAGCUGGCGUCCAUAUUAUAUCCCGGAAUCCCAGUCUUCGAGGUGUAGCAGUACAGCAAGCAAGCUAUGUGAUACAGGUUAAACCAUCGAUACGGUCAUUUUGCGCGCCCAUUCGCCAACGACGCAACGCUCGAGCCCCACCAUCGAUCGCCAGACCAGCAGACGUGGCGUCAGCUCAUCCCACGCCGUGCUUUUUUGAGGCAGGCACAUGGAAGCUUGCCAGAGGCACUCCAGUGAGAAGCCCCAGGCCGUUAGACAGUCCAUCUCAGGUACCCGAUGCAAGUCUUCCGCUCGGCACGGAGCACUCUCCGCAUUGAGCAGUGUAUUGAGGCAUCCCCCGUGCAAUGGUAUGUCACGCUCCAGCGAUUGGAUGCCUUGGACGGCGAGAUCAAGCACUUCUCGUAGACUGUGGGGUGGGUUUCCGGGCAGCGAUGACAGGCGUAGGAUCACCGGUGCAAUGGUCGCAAGCACUGUGUCUGGUUUGGCUUCGCGAUCUGUCAGCGAGAAAUUGGGAGACAAGGUAGAGACCCCACCAUGGUUUGGCAUGUUCUUGAGCAGAAUUGCGAGACAUCGGCUGACCACGGAUCGCCAUUCCCCGGCUGUAGCAGAUUCGAGCUUCGCGGCAUCAACGACCACCAGUAUGUUUUCAAGAAUGCGUGUCCAGGCCAAUACUUCUGCAAUGCCUUGGAGAAGCUGUGUCUCGAUCCAUUGCAACAGAUUGCUCUUCAGAAGCAAGGAUGUUGUGGCUUGUCUGUUGCAAGUCACAUUCGCCAGGACCUCGAGAAUGGCGUUGCGCAGAGACUGAUCCUCCUCGGAGCUCUGGAACAGAGUCGCAAGCAGCUCCCAGGUGUGCCUUCGCUUCAGGACACGCCAGUCAUCUGAGGAGGACAUGCCAUCGGCGAUGAAUCGGAUGAUCCAGCCUCGCUCCUUCUUCCAGUCGUCUGAGCUGCUGUAAAGCAUUCCGUACAACAAGGGAACGUCUGUCAAGUCGAUGGACGGUCGCUGAAGCAGGAAUCGUGCCGUCAGAGGAUAGGUGAAAUGCGCGGGAUAGAAGAUGCCCCGCAGUGCAUGGGCAAUAGUCAACGUGGCGUAUGACGGCAGUCGCUUGGCAGGUUCCGACUCUGAGAUCGCAUUCCGCAGAACGUUGAGCACAUAGACGACUUGCGGUUGUUCUUGCAUGUCUGCUGACUGUAAUUUGUCAGGAAAUAGACACAAUUAAGAAAUAAUAUGGGACCUCGAGAUGCGCCCAAAGUGCAGCUAGUUGAGCCCAUGCGACGUGUCUCAGAUCUGCGUCCUUGGACGACAGCCCCCUGAUCACAAGGCUGACGACGUUCGUCCUGAAGAUUUGGAUCCAGGCAAACGCGCUCUCGGGCACAUCCUCUGCCAUGGCAUGCGCAAAGAGAAGAAUCAGAAAUACGGGGUCAUAGAUUUGCGCGUGACUUGAGCUCUCUCUCACGCCCGCUUCACCUGCAGCCAACUUCCUCCAAUCAGGAAAAUGAACACAUGU